CCUUAGUGUCAGCCAUGGGGAGCAAACAACAGAGAAACAUUUGCCAUUUGGCCGUGGUCUAUUUUCUAUUGAGUUCAACUUCACCUGCUGCAGAUGGUCAGAUCAGAUUAACUGGGUCUGGGUCUACUCCGUGCUCUGGAAGAGUUGAAGUCUAUUACAACAACAUCUGGGGAACAGUCUGUGAUGAUGAUUGGGACUUAAACGAUGCUGAGGUGGUUUGCAGACAGUUGGGCUGUGGUACGGCACUGAAUGCCACUCAGUCAGCCCGCUUUGGUGAAGGAACCGGAAAAAUCUGGCUUGAUGACGUGGCCUGUUCAGGAAGUGAGAGGUCUGUAACUCUGUGUCAGCACUAUGGAUUUGGGACACACAACUGUGGACAUGGGGAGGAUGCAGGUGUCGUCUGUUCAGGUGUCAGAUUGGCUGGGUCUACUCUGUGCUCUGGGCGAGUUGAAAUAUAUCACAACAACACCUGGGGAACAGUCUGUGAUUAUGAUUGGGACUUAAACGAUGCUGAGGUGGUUUGCAGAGAGUUGGGCUGUGGUACGGCACUGACUGCCACUCAGUCAGCCCACUUUGGUGAAGGAACCGGACAAAUCUGGCUUGAUGAUGUGGCCUGUUCAGGAAGUGAGAGGUCUCUAACUCUGUGUCAGCACAGAGGAUUUGGGACACACAACUGUGGACAUGGAGAGGAUGCUGGUGUGGUCUGUUCAGCACUCCUCCCAAAGCCCAGCAUCUCCAUGAAUCCUGCUGCUAAGGUUACCUGGGGUCAGAACGCGGCGAUCACUUGUUCUGUCUCAACUCAAACUCAACAGAUUUUAAGUCCAGCAUUUAUUUUGAAAAAGGCUUCAAGUUCAGUUGGAAAGACCCAAACCUCAAGUACCAACUCUGCUACCUUCAACAUGCCUGAAGUCAACUUUGACAAUGAAGGAUCAUACCAGUGUCAGUAUAAGAUAACAGUUGCAGGGCAAGACUUCACCUCCUCGAGUGACUCUGUCAGCCUUUCUGUUACUGUGCCGCUACAGCAGCCCAGCAUCUCCCUAACAUCUAACAGAGGGCUGGUCUGGGGCCCUGAAGGUGCACAGAUCACCAGGGGUUUCAGCUUUGUCUUCACCUGCUCCACUUCCUCCCAUUAUCCUGGAGGUGUUUUCCAUCUCAUCUUCUCUGGUUCAAACCUCACCAACACAGAGCCAGCAGUCAACCAGUCAGCCUCCUUUUCCUUCCUGGUGGCUGAGUAUGAACAACAGGGCAACUACAGCUGUGUGUAUGAAGUCACACUGUCCUCGAGAACAUUCACUUCUACACAGACAGCACCGAUUAGUGUCGUCAUUAAAACCUGGUCAGAGCCUCUGAGCAUCCCCCCUCUCAGUCGGGCAACCAAGAAGGGCAAGGUGGGCGUCCUUGAGAAGGAAGGGACCUCCGGUGACCCUGGGAGGAACGGCUGA